AUGAUGUUGGUUCCAAUAUUCAUACAUACAGUCAAGGUCAAGAAUGUGCAUGCAACUGCUGCAACCAGACCUGUCAUUCUCGAAAUCAAAGCUUACCUAAACGAGGUACCUGUUCCUGCACUAAAGGAACAGAUUGCUUCUGUUACUGUUACUGGUGUAUUAUCUGAACAGCAACGUUUAAUCUGUCGUGGCAAAGUUCUGAAAGUUGAUCAGCUCCUUUCAGCUUAUCGCUAUAGUAAACAAAUUAGUGAGAGUAUGUUGGUGUUUCUUAUGGUGCUACUGAAUACACAACUUCCAUUGAUAUUUGCUCAGCUGGUUGCAUUCUUGCUGAACUUCUUCUCGGACAGGGUGAUUGCAUCUAUCAUGUCUUUUCCAGAUUCUUCAAUAGUUGAAAGGUUAAUAUUGCUGCUUGAAUCCAACAAUGAGGACCAGUAA